GCACCAGGCUAUAAAGGGCAGCUCCUCUCCUCUCCUGAACCGGUGACCCACGACCAGCCGCUAUUUCUCACCAUCUCCGGACAACAGGGACCUUGUGUGACCCUCCCGAGCCUUUCUAGGGAGCAAGGAGGAUGGCGGCUGCGGGCAGACUUGCCCUUCUGCUGCUGGGCUGCGUGGGGCUCCUGCGGCCAGUCGACGGCAGGUACAUAAACUACUGCCCCGACGGCUGGUCCUACUACAAGCUCAGCUGCUUCAAAUACUUCCCCGAGCCCCGGAGCUGGGACGAGGCUGAGAGUCGGUGCCAGGACGUCAAGAAAGGCGCCCACCUGGCCUGGGUGGAGGACGCCCACGAGGCAUCCACCCUGCAGAGAACCAUCUCCUACCACCAGCGUGUGCAGCCCGUCUGGAUUGGACUCCAAAAGAGUAAAGAGAGACAGGCCUGGCAGUGGAUGAGUGGGAAGGACUACAGUGCCGCCAGUGAGAUGCCUGGGAACGGUGCCCGCGGGGGGAGCUGCGCCAUGCUGACCCAUCACAGCGGCUUCUCUGUGUGGUCUAGUGCCGACUGCUCCCGGAGGCAUCACUACAUCUGCAAGUUCUACCCCUUGCACUGAGCACAGCCCUGGCGCCGGCGGCGUCCCUCCCGUGCCACCUGCGUGUCUCUCCC